AUGACGACGAAGUUGGAUAUUCCAAGGGAUUUGAUAGAGGAUGAGAUUCUCCCUAGGGUUUCGAUAACAUCUCUGAGAGCAGUGCGAUCUACUUGCAAAGAGUGGGAGGCUUCUACCAAAACUCAGAUUCUUGGUAAAGCAGCAAGAGCAAGCAAGCCCUAUUUAGGGUUCAUGUUGAUGGAUUAUAAGGUUUGUUCCUUGAAAUUCGAUCUCCAUGGACUCCGAAACAGCGGAGAGUUCGUUAAACCAAAUAUAAAGCAAGUAAGUAUACUUGACCAAAUCGAGAUAUCUCAAGUAUUUCACUGCGCUGGCUUACUGUUAUGCGUCAUCAAAGACAACAAAGGGCUUGUGGUAUGGAACCCUUACAUGGGUCAAAUAAAGUGGAUACAACCAAGAGACAAAUACGAGAUUUCUGAUGUAUAUGCUUUCGGAUAUGACGAGAACCGUAACCACAAAAUCUUGAGGAUUUUCUUUGACGACAAUCUUAAAGUUUCGGGGUACGAAAUCUACGACCUUAGCUCUGAUUCAUGGAAGGUAGUCUAUGACACCCCUGCAUGGGAUUGUGAUACAUGGAUUCAUGAACAACCCGGUGUGUCUUUGAAUGGAAACACUUAUUUUUUGGCACAAGAUGUAGAAGCAGUUAUACCAUUUUAUGAAUAUUUUUGGGAAGAACAUGCCGACGAUUUUUUACUAUGUUUUGAUUUUACGACUGAGAGAUUUGGACCGCAUCUGCCUCUGCCUUAUAACGACAAUAACGUGUCUCUAUCAUGUGUGGGAGAUGAGAAGCUCGCCGUGUUUUAUCAACGUUCAGGUAAAUGUCAUGUUUUAGAGAUUUGGGUCACAAAUAAGAUUGAUCCCAAUGGUGUAUCAAUAUCAUGGAGCAAGUUCUUGGGACGUUUUGACGGUGGUGUUAAGGUUUAUGACAUUUACGGUGGGAGUUUUUUCAUCGACGAGGACAAGGAAGUUGCCGUAGUUUUCGACGUAGACAGACCUAAAGGGUACAAGACUUGUCUCUACCCAGCAGCUCACAUCAUUGGACAAGAUGGAUAUCUCAAAUCUUUGAGUAUCGGAGAAGCCCUGAAUCUCGGGACGCCUGACGAAUCUGGAUAUGUUGAGGAGAAAUAUCGUUUCCCACUUGUGUGUUCUUCAUAUGUUCCAAGCUUAGUGCAAUUGUAA